AUGGUACAAAGUAACCCCAAACAGUUUCAGCUGGACUUUCACCUAAUCAAAGAAUUAGCCCAGCAGGAGAAGCUCUCCCUUGAUAAAGAUACCCUCACACCCAGCGGGUCAGACCAGACCUCUUCACUAUGUAACCCCACAGACGAGCAACCCCCAGCGGAGAGUCAACCCCCCAACACAGAUUAUCACUCCCUCAUUGAAAUGAAGGACAAAUUCACCCAGCUGGAGAUAAGGCAGGUGGAGCUGGAACAGCAGUGCGAUUCAGUAGCAAAAGCCAGCAGAACGCCGGACUCUCUCGCGGAAGCAGGGAAGCUGUUCUUGAAACAUACUACCUUCCAUGGACUGAGACAUGUAUUUCUGAGCGGCUCCUACCCCCGGAGGCUCGCCUGGCUGCUGGCUUUGCUCACAGCUGUCGCUCUCCUCUUCACCUGGUCCUCAAACCGAGUCCGGUACCUCCUCUCUUCGCCCGUGCACACCAAGGCGCAUAUGGUGUACGCCAAACGUCUUGUUUUCCCCGCGGUGACCAUCUGCAACCAGAACCUCCUCAUACCGCGUCGCAUGAAGAAACCGGACAUAUUCAGCGCGGGAAGAUGGUUAGGACUUCUAGGGAGGAACUGGCAAGUGUCCCCCGGUGCCAGGGACAUGCUCACACCCGGGACCGACCGUGACAGCAGCAGCAGCAACAGCAACGAACCGCCGUGGUCACCGCUGUCUCGGAUCCUGGACUUCAACCACUUUCUGCCUCCUCCCUUGGAGUCUCAGCCGUCCAUGCUGCAGCUCCUGGACCGCCUCGGUCACCAGAUGGAGGAGAUGCUGCUUUACUGCCGCUUCCAGGGAGAGGUGUGCGGGCCACGCAACUUCAGCACC